UCACCGGAGAAAGAUGUUACUCUCAUCGUAACAUGGUUUCUAUCGGACAGAUGAUAUGCAAUUCGCUGUAUGAAGACAUAUCAUGGAACCUUAUUUCAACCUCUUUUCCGUAAUUCCUCGCCAAAUUGUCUGCUGUCUGGACGUAAACAAAUUUGGGGCUCAAAGAGCAAGUGUCACUUUAGAAAGAACUUCAUCUGAUUUUUUAAUGAGAAUGAUUGAAGAUAAAGUAUUUUAAAGUUAUGACAUUCGUAACCGGUGGUUCAGUUUAUUUAACGAAAUAAACAGACUGUAACGCCCUUUAUUAAAGCCAGAGGAUACGUAAAAUAUUUAAAGUUUUCUUCGAUUCCGUGGGAGUUCGCUGUUGAACCUACCUUCCGUUCAUCUCUUCUACGGCGGUGCCAUCAAUUAACAAGCUGACUCGACUCUAUAUCCAGAAAUUAUGAAAUAUUUAAUAGUUCUAAAGUGGGCUAUCUACUUACUCUACACCAGCUUUUCCUGUGAGGGAUUAAAUUACUACCCUCAGAGAGAUUCGAGGCUUAGAAGUAAUCAGAACUCUAGUCCAAACUUGCGCAACAGUACAGAUCCACUUUAUAGCCAGUGGUCAGAGUGGACCCCCUGCAGUGCAACAUGUGGGCGUGGAAUAAUAUCAAGAACAAGAACCUGUCUGAAGAGCAUGUACAAUUCAAGAGGAGUAUCCAUACCACUUUGUCAUGGAGAGUUCUCGGAGCAUAAAAUUUGUAAUUUAAAGGAGUGUCCCGGUAAUUCUUCUGACAUGAGGGCAACGCAGUGCACUCAAUACAACGAUCAAGUGAUAGCUGGCAAGUUAGUGAAAACGUGGAUUCCUGCAAAUGGAGGUCCUAACCCCUGUGAGCUGCGAUGUGAGGCCAUCCCCGAAAAGCUGGUGUAUGGCUUCGGCAAGGUGGUCGACGGCACCCCUUGCACUUUGGGAGUCUGUCUCGACGGCAGGUGUUUGCGCGUAGGCUGCGACGAUCGCCUGGGGUCAGGAGUGACGGUGGACAUGUGCGGGGUGUGCGGCGGUCGGAAUUCGAACUGCGUGCACUACAAGGACGUCUACCAGGGUCAGCUCUCUUCAGGAAGUGCUAGCAGAAGUUCCUAUCACGAAGUCGUCGUCAUCCCUGCAUCAGCAAGAAAUUUAAUUAUACGACAGCCUCUCGUAAAAAAUAUCCUAGCUUUGCAAGACAGAAGCAAAGGAAUCAUUUUCAACAGAGAUCAAACUGCAAUGAAAUAUGGAAGCCAUUAUGAAAUUGCAGGGUCAACCGUUGAAUUUCUCAAAAUCGAUGACAUUGCAGAAGAGUUGGUGGUCAAAGGUCCACUGAACCAAGAGUUAUAUGUUCUGGUGCUCUUAAGAUCUCAUAAUCCCGGUAUUUACUACGAAUAUUGGCUUCCAAAACAAAGCUACACCCAUGGGAGGAGUCAUUAUCCCCUGAAAUCGCCAAAUAAUCCAGUACUUCCAACAUUGGCGACACCAACUGCCAGCCAAUCCUACAGCGUACCUGUCUUCGAAGUGAAACCCAAAACCACACCGACCUCAUUCUAUCGUCACCCAUCCAAACCUCCUUUCGCUUAUGGGUAUGGUGAAAAGCCUUAUAAGGGCCACGAAUACCCUAUCUUCCGCCACAUUCCUUCCACUUCUCCACCACCUGCUGAGAAAAAGGAAUAUUUCAAAUCUUCUGAGGGCGAUUCCUUCGGUGGCGAAACCAAAAAACAUUUCCCGCCCUUCAAGAGAGGGGUGGUGCCCAUUUUCAAACCUCAACCCACUUUGGAUUUUUACCAAACUUUCCGCAAUGCGUCUCGAAUUAAAUUCAUGGACAAGCCGAAAGUUGAAGAAGUCCACCAUGAUUAUGCAGCUGAGCUCCCGGUAUUGACCCAGAGAGAUUCGAGCAGCUCCAACGGGGAGGACGGCAGCCACUCGAACACGAUAUCGAAGACACCGGUAAAAGAAAAAAGGCACGAACUUACCAUCUCUAAGUAUCCAAAGCCUGUGGACAUUUCCAUUCCCAUCAAUAAAAGGGUGGAGGACCCUUUUAAAAACUAUGUUCCAAACGGAAGAUUGAAAUAUUCUUUUGAGAAUAAAGAUGCUGAUGAAGUGUAUGCAAAUACGUCAGGACUUUACAAGACACCUGCGCCCCUGACAAUCAAUGUGUUGCCGCUGGCAAGUGGGGAAAAGCCCAAAAGUCCUAAAGAUAAAAAGAAAGGAGAACGUAUACAGAAACCUCGAUCUGCCAGAGGAGGCUCCUGUGGACCAUGCCCGAAAAAUCGUGAUCAGACAAAACAUUUUUGCAUCAGUGAUUUCGUUAUUCGAGCACAGGUUGUUGGAUACGAGUUUCUGCAGGGCGAAACAAGGUACGAGUUGGAAGUCAAGCAGUCCUUCAAGAACACGUUUUCAUUGCUUCCCAGAGAGUACAUAUGGUCACCUGACACCUGCAGAUGCCCCAGGCUGCGUACUGGCAAAGAGUACAUCAUCAUGGGCAAGUCCGAUCACACUUACAAGAAGCGCGAAAGUCGUCUACUGGUUGACAAGACAUGCUUUGUCAGAACAUUCAAUCUGAAAUACGCACGCCGGCUUCAGAAAUUAAGAAAAGAUCAAGAUAAAAAAUGUAAAAAAGUAUCUUAGCGUUAUAAAUAAGUUAUUAUUAAUUUAAAAUUACGUUUGGAAUAUAAAAAGAAUAGGAUGGCAAAGUCUACAUCUUCAGUUUCAUCAGAACAUUGCGAAGAACAAAUGUGAAAGAUUGUUUUGACUUUAUGUGUGUAAAAUAUAAAUUCCAUAAAAUCUGUUACGAUAUCGAUAUGUCGCCAAAAAAACCUUAACAAAAAUGGCGAAAGAGUUUCUUUUUCGAAUUUUUUUUUAAGGUGAAAAUUAAUAUUUGUUGCAUCUUUUGUUUGAGAGAUUGAUCGAUUCUAAAGUUGGUAUUCAAGAUUCUUUCGGAUUAUCCCAGAUGCAGUUUUUUAUGAUUAUUUUGGCAACGAACAGCAAAAUCCUUUGAUAUUUAAUGAAGAAUCCGAUAAAUUGGAUCUCAUGCGUUUGAAAAAAAUCUGGCAAUAUUUGUAUUGAUGAAGGUGAUGAAAAAAAAAUUGUUUUCCACAAAGUAUUGCAAAGGCGAAAAUGAAUAUCAGUUAUAGCAACUUUUGUGUGAAAAAUUAAUUCAUUUUAUUGAUCGCUUGGGAGUCAAGAUAACUUUGGAUUAGUUGCAAAAUCAUUCAUGAUUAUUUUGGAAAUGAGCAGCAAAACCCAUUUGAUAUUUGAUGAAGCAUUCGAUAAGUUGGAUCUCAUGCAUUUGAAAAAUUUUGAAAACAAUUACACUGACAAAGGUUGAUAGGUAAUUUGUUUUCCGCAUAGCGUUGUAAAGGCGAGAAUUAAAAUCAAUCGUUGCAUUUUUUGAUCGGUUGACGGCCAAAAUUAUUUAGGAUUAGUUGCAAAAUUAUUCAUGUUUAUUGUGAAACUGAACUGCUAAUCUUUUUGAUAUUUAGUGAAGUAUCCGGUAAACUGGAUCACGUGCUUUUGAAAAAAUUCUGAAAAUACUUGUGUUGACGAAAGUUGAUAAAUUAUUUGUUUUCUCACAGAGCAUUGCAAAGGCGAAAAUUAAUAUCAGUUAUAGCAACUUUUGUUUGUGACAUUCACCCAUUUUAUUAAUCAGUUGACGGCCAAAAUAUUCAUGAUUAUUGUAGCAAUGAACUACAAAGUUCUUUUACUAUUUUAUGAAGCAUCCGAUAAGUUGGAUCUCAAGGGUUUGAAAAAAAUUUGGAAACACUUGUAUUGACGAAGGUUGAUAAGUUAUUUGUUUUUCGCAAAGCAAUGCAAAGGCGAAAAUGAAUACCACUUGCAGCAACUUUUGUUUGAGAGAUUCACUCAUUUCUUCUUGACCGGUUGACAGCCAAAAUCAUUUAGGAUUAGUUGCAAAAUAAUUCAUGAUUAUUGCGGCAAUGAAAUGCAAAAAUCCUUUUGAUAUUUAAUGAAGCAUCCGAUAAGUUGGAUCUCCUGCUUUUGAAAAAAUCUGGAAACACUUGUAUUGACGAAGGUUGAUAAGUUAUUUGUUUUCCGCAGAGCUUUGCAAAUACGUGUGAUUUUGUUGUUAUUUCGUAUUUGUGUUUGUUGAUGUUCGCAGAAACCUAAAAUGAAUUUCAGUCUGUAAAAAUUUACGCCAUCGUUAUUAUUGCUUGUGUAAUAUAUUGCAUGAUUAUCGAUAUAUCGAUGCUUGUACAGUUAACAUAUCGUAUCUGCUUUGUGUAGUAAAUCUCAGAGAAUACAUUUGUGUGUGCGUAUAUUUAUUAUAAUGUAAUAAAAGUUAUAAUAGUUCUUGAAACCCUUUAAAAAAUACAAAUUCAAACUUUCAGCAGAUAAAUAAUUGUGGAAUAAAGUAAAUUAAAAAUUGUUUAAGUAAUUUUGUAUUUAAAGUUUGUUUCUUAAGAGUAUGAUAUAACAUCACUUAAAUCCCAUACCAUUUUCAAGCAAUUUUUUUUUUUUUUUAAAUAUACAAUGUAGACAAUAUUUACACAAACGUUGUAUGUAAUAUAAUAUACUAAAUGUUUUAACUUACAAUAGCUGUGAAAUAUUUUAUUAGAGUAAGAUAAGUAGUUAAAUGUGUACACUUAUUUCUAGUGGUUUUAACAUAUUUAAUGUUAAAUGUAUGACUCUUGGAGCAUUUCUUUACGACGUACGUAUUUAGCAAAUUCAUAAAAUUUGCAUCUCCUUGCAAAUAUCCCUUGACAUGAGGAAAUUUAAAUAGUCUUGUUGUAUUUUAUUAAUAAUCUUUGUAUUUAUUUAAAAGUUUGAUUUUUAACAGCUAAAUUAAUAAUUGCACAUAAGAUAAAGCAACAAUAAUUUAUUGUGUUAUUUGAAUGAUUAUGUUUGCCAAUAUUGUUAUUAUAAAAUAUUAUUUUAUGCAUGAAGAGUCUUUAUAAUAAUUUAAAAGUUAAUUUUCAAUAAUUAAAAUAAUGUUUUAUCAUAAACUAAAAGCAACAUUUGUUGUUAUAUGCAUAUUUACAUUUGACGUUAUAGAUUGAUAAACUUUUAUAGUAAUACUUUUUAAAGUAUUUUGGCAACAUUUAUUAAAAGUAUUAAAUAUUGUUGUAAAUGAUGCCAAUAUUAAUGCAGUGUUAAUGUUGUUUCUAUAAUAAUAUGCUUCCGUUUUUAAAUUCUAAUCCCCACCGAUCAGUUUCCAACUUUUCAAACGAAUUUAAUUUAGAUAUUUUGAUACAGUCUUGCUCUUUAGUUUAUUUCAUAUAAUAUACAUUUUUAUUUUUUUAUAUAAUUUUGUACAUUUCUGGAAAUAUUAAUUUCAUAUAUCUCUUUAGAAUUUUUGCAGUUGAUAUGCUUUUAGAAAAUACUAAAAUAUAGUAAAUGUAUAAAAUAUAGGACUUUUAGUAAAUGCUAAAUAUACUUUAAAUACUGUAUGCAUUGCUCUUAAAAUGAUUUAAAUGUGUUUAUAAAAUCAUCUUAUACUGAUUAUUUUCAACAGAAUGAAUUCUUCACUUAUUAAAUACCCUAUGAUUUUGUUCCUAAUGCAAUGAAUUUUGUAAAAUAUUUUACCCAACCAAUCUUUAUUAUUUUUUGCAGUAUGAAUGCUCCUAUAAUUAAAUAUUACUUGAGCUUUCUCUUGAAAUCAUUUAAAUGUAGAUUUAAAAUCAUCUCACCUAUCAAUAUGAUAAAAUGGGUCUGUAUCUAUUUAAUAUAGUUGGCAUAAAUAAAUGUAUAUAUAUUUAAAAUGAAAUGGCACUUUGAAAAAAUAUCAUAUAAAAUUUUCAUUUAAUAAAUUUUAUUUUGUACUUAAAAAUAAGAACCAUGAUGUGUGUAGUAUUUUAUUAUCUUCAGGAUAUGUCAAAUUUAUGUAUUGAUGGUUGUUAUUGAUGUAAUGAAAUAAUUAAAACUGAACAAACCCUUGAAUGUAUUACUUUUUAUGUUUUAUGUAAUGUUUUAACUUUUUUGUGAAUUAUAUACUGCCAUUUGAUUCUGUUUAUAAAUUUCUUUAUUUCUUUUACAUUAUGACACAUUUCAUGCAAAAAAAAAUCUGUUAAAGCAUACUUAAU